AUUUGGGUUCUUACAGGGGACAAGAUGGAAACAACCACUAAUAUAGCUUAUGGUUAGUAUUUAAAAGAGUUUUGGCAUCAUUUAAAAAAAAAAAAAAUUCUUACUAUAGAUAUGUUGUUUCCUUAUUUAUUUAUUUAUUAGUAACAACUUAAAUCAUACUUCUCUGUUUUUCAGAAACUGGUGAAAUUAGAGAAGUAGAAAGCAGAGUAAGGAGCUUUCUUGUCUGGUUUGAUUUUUCAUGUAAAUACAUCAAAAUCAUUUUUCAGAGCGUUCAAUAUGUUAAAGAGAAAUUUAGGGAACACAAUUCCAGCCACAUCCCUCUCACAUGCCCCACAUGCAGGUAUGUGUGAGGGUUGUGGUUGGAGUUGUGUCUCUAGAAUUAUUGUAGUUUAAAAGUUGCUUUACAUUCUAUGGCCAGGGUGACCAAGUGGAGAUUGCACGCUUUACAAGAGAUGUAGUGAAAAGUCAGCUAAACAAGUGCCACGAGGAAGCAAAAACCUCUUUUCUUACUGUAGCUGGACCAAAAUUGACUCUUGUGAUAGAUGGGAAGUGUUUGAUGUAUGCACUAGACCCGAGUUUAAGAGUAAUACUACUGAAUUUGAGCUUGAAUUGUAGUUCAGUAGUUUGCUGCUGAGUUUCUCCUUUACAGAAAGCACAGGUAAGGAUUGUCAUUGUGGUCCACCUGAUAUAUAUGAGUGAAAUAUGUUUUGAAGUACAUGGAGGCAGCUUUGGGGCAUCCAAAAUCUGAAAGUGUUGAUAAAGUUCUGAAGUAUUUUGAGGAAGAGAAAAAUGUUGAUGGUGCUGAAGAGUUAUGCAAGAUGUUGAAGAAGGUUAAUCGUCUUGAUUCCAAGGCCUAUGAUUCUUUGCUUUGAACAUAUAUUGCUGCUGGAAAACCAGCACCUGAUAUGCGGAUGAGGAUAGAGGCAGAUGGUAUUGAAGUGAAUAGUGAGUUUGAGAAUUUGCUUGAAAUGGUUUGCCCCAAAUGAGUUGGGGAGUCCUCUAGUAUCCCUGACAAAGCAAACAGUUUUUAGUAGUUUCAUUCAAUGCGGAUGCUAAAAGUUUUUGUCAUGUAUAACAGUUACAUUGUGAUACAUUAUUUUUUUUCUUUUUUAACAGGAAAGUACAUUCACAAUUUGACCAGUUUCAUUUUCUGGGUAAACAGAAGGGAAACUAAUCAGAUUCCAACACAACUAUAGAAAUGCUUUCUAGUGGUGACCAAGAGCUUUAGGAGUCUUGUAUGUCUUUUAAGCCUUGUAAAUUUUGACAUAGCCUCAAGGUUGUGAGAGAGUUUCUUUUGGAUUGUUAUGUUUUCUUUCGUAUGAUUCGAUGAAGAGAUUUGUUGCCUAA